GUGCAAGGCUUUGCGGUUAAGUGUGUAUCGUGAAAGAAUUCUGGAAUGCUGGCAGCCGUUGUUUACAUGUGACGGGUGUUGUGCAUUGCGUAUUGUGUAUUUCUACGUGCUAGUUGUGUGGGAUGCUUGUGUACAGUAGCCGUUGAUCUCACUUGCAUAACUUGUACGAAAAUCAGUGUCAUGGCAAAUACAUCUAGAAAUUACGUGCGAGAUGAUAUGAAUAGUAUAUUGUCGCCCGGUAUAACACCUUGCCCUUCCGGGAACCAACCUGGCCGCAGCGGGAAAUGGUACAGAAAAGCAGAACACAGGAUAUUCGUGAAUCGGAGUCUCCAUUUGGAGAACAUAAAGUUCUAUGGAUUUGACAUGGAUUAUACAUUGGCUGAGUACAAAUCUCCACAGUAUGAGAGAUUAGGAUUUAAUUUAGUAAAAGAACGACUUGUCUCUCUUGGAUAUCCUCAAGAAAUACGAGAGUUUGUCUAUGAUCCAUCUUUCCCCAUAAGAGGACUUUGGUUUGAUACACUUUAUGGGAAUCUUCUAAAAGUUGAUGCAUAUGGGAACAUAUUGGUUUGUGUUCAUGGAUUUAAUUUCCUGAAACAUUCCCAGGUGUAUGAACUCUACCCAAAUAAAUUCCUUCAACUGGAUGAAUCUCGUGUGUAUGUACUCAACACAUUGUUUAAUCUUCCUGAAACGUAUUUGCUGGCAUGCCUAAUUGAUUUUUUCACAAAUUCACCACAGUACACAAGUGAGACAACUGGUGUGAAGGCGGGUGAUCUGUUCAUGUCCUACAAAUCAAUGUUCCAAGAUAUUCGUAAUGCAGUUGAUUGGGUGCAUUUACAGGGAGAUUUAAAAUCUGAGACUAUUAAAAACUUAGAUGAAUACGUGAAAAAAGAUGAAAGGCUGCCCAUGUUCCUCACAAGGAUACGAGAGAGUGGAGCAAAAGUGUUCCUUCUCACUAACAGUGACUACUGUUUUACAGACAAGAUAAUGAAACAUCUGUUCGAUUUCCCUCAUGGAGCAAGACCAGACGAACCCCACAGAGACUGGAAGACCUAUUUUGACACCAUAGUGGUAGAUGCCCGAAAACCUUUAUUUUUUGGUGAAGGCACAAUUCUUCGACAGGUGGACACUGUCACUGGAGCCCUGAAGAUAGGCUCCCAUGUGGGGCCUCUGCAGCAGGGACAAGUUUAUUCUGGAGGCAACUGUGAUGUGUUCACAGAACUUCUUGGUGCAAAAGGCAAAGAUGUGCUAUACAUAGGAGAUCACAUAUUUGGUGAUAUUCUGAAGUCAAAAAAGAUUCGCGGGUGGCGAACAUUUCUUAUUGUUCCAGAAUUAGUCCAGGAACUCCAUGUAUGGACGGACAAAUGUCAGCUUUUUGCUGAACUGCAGGCACUAGAUGUUAUGCUAGGAGAAAUGUACAAGAAUCUAGACAGCAGUACAAAAGAGAAACCAGAUAUAUCAAAAAUACGGCUUGCUAUUCGAGAUGUAACACAUAAGAUGGACCUGGCUUAUGGAAUGAUGGGCAGCGUUUUUCGCAGUGGAUCAAGACAGACUUUUUUCUCUUCUCAAGUUGUGCGAUAUGCUGAUUUGUAUGCAGCUACUUUCCUCAACCUUAUCUACUACCCUUUCAGUUACAUGUUCCGAGCACCAGCAAUGUUGAUGCCCCAUGAAUCAACAGUUGCACACGAACAAAGAUUCGUAAUGGAGAGUCCCAUGAUUUCUCGUUCUCGAACUUUCUCUGUAAUUGAGGAUGAAGAAAACUCAGAGAAGCAUCAGAAGUUUAUGGAACGGCCGCAAGGUCAGUUACCACAUCCAAGGCCAGAAACUCCUCGAAGUGUAACACACAAUCAUGAUGAAGACUACUCAGAUGAGGAAACUGACAGCAAGUCAUCAGAAGAAAAGGCUGGUUGAAAGUCGUAUUUUUGAGGCUGAUUUUUUUUUUUUAAGGCAUGCUCAAACAUGUGGCUACCUUCUCACUGAAGACACUGAGUUUGAUAUGUACUGACAUUAAAAGAACAGACUCUGACUCUGUGUUGAACUGUGGUAGCUAAUUGUGCAUAUGAGUGUAUAUUAAGGGAAUGUGAAUGACAGAUUUGUCUGUUUAAAUGGUGCUGAAUGUAAAUGACUGAAAUAUCUGACUUCAAAUACAUGAUGAGUAAGAGAUUUAAAACUUAGUGCCCAUAAACGUUUUUAUUAAUUCAUAAAUGUUUUCAUAUCUCAGACUUGAGUUGAAAUUUAAAGCAUUUUCCUGAAACCCAAGUCAUUCCUUACAUUUCAUUUGACACUUUCUAUUUGUUUUUGAUACAUAUAAUGCAAAAGAAAUAGAUAUUUGUAAAUUGGCAUAUAGGUUAAUUAAACGCAUAAAUAUUCAGUAUGAACAGCAAAUAUGUUAAACUGCAUUAAAUUGGGAUUCCGUUACUUUCACAUAGUUUAUUGCAUUUAUUUUCAAAGAGCAGUAUCUGCUGCUAAACAUAGCUUAUGAAGAAAGUUACUUCUUUCUUCAAGUGUGCUAUAGGGAAAAACCUUUUGUUUUCUUUGCAUUCCUGAAUUUGAUUCCACCGCAUCAUUUUGGAGUUGACUGUGUUACUGCCAAAUUACAGCUUUAAUAUUUGCAUAGAUUUAUUUGUUUGCAUUAAGUCAUCACUACUGUUUUCUUUUAUGUUUUUAAUUAACUGGAGCACAAUAAAGAACAUAUAUUCUGUA